UGCAGUUAGUGACUACAAAUUGCAUAGCUACGAAAGUGCAUCUAUCUCUCUUCAUACACAAUACUGGACAAGUAAUAUAUUUUCAUGGGGAAUUUCUCAUUCUUUUAGUCACUUCGUUUACUCAACGUAGAAAAUUUGAACAAAGUUGUGUACACAUUUGUUGAAUGUGGUUGAACUCGAGGUUGACGUGUAUUUAUUCUCGAGUUUUUUUUUAUCAGUUUGCAGUUAUUUACGGGAUAUUUGCCGCUCCUUGAGUAACGAGGUCUACAAAUAAUAAUAAUAAUCAUAAAUUGAAAUAAUGCCGUCACAUCCUCUGACUGGAGGACCGGACCCUGAAAGUUUUUUGACAUGUCCGUAUAAUCCAUCUCAUAGACUGGCUCGCAAACGUAUGCAAUUCCAUUUGACUAAAUGUCGCAAAGCUUGUCCCUCAGCCCAAAAGCAGGUGUGCCCCUACAAUGCAACACAUAUGGUAAACGAGCAAGAAUUCCUGUUUCACUUGGAAACAUGCUCGAACAGGGGAAUUGUUGACAAUUUUAAGUAUAUCACAGAAAAUGACGACCGUGUAAUAGAAUCUCCGCCAGAGCCUGAUCUUCCUCCCAGUGAUGAGAAUUGGGACAAUGAUUACUGUGGGACAUAUAAUGCUACCGACAAUGUGGCAGAAGCACCAAUAAUACGCACUUUGAUAUGUGCUGCACCAAGUCAACGCAAAAAAUUUAAAGUACAAGAACGACAAAGAUUCCGGGCGAUGGAUGAAACUUCUACAGUUACCAAGGUUGAACCAAAGGCCAUUAAGGAAAAAGAGUUCCCCGAUGAUCAGCCCCUGAGACAACCAACUACUCUGCCAAAAUCUCUCAGCUCUCAGUCAUCUGCCAGGGGUGAUGCAGCCGGCGUUUCAGGUGAUCACAGCGCUGUUUUACGUACUGAACACCAACCAGGACCAUCUUGCCAUGCUGAUGAUUAUGCAGUGUUCCGAUCAAAGGGACGUGGCAGGACUACAUAUUAAACAACAAAAAGCUUAUUGACAAUGAUCGAAUACAAUUUUCGGGGCGACACUUGGACUAUAUUUAGUUUUCAUUCAAAUUUAUUAAGUUUUUAUUUACCCUUAAAGUCAGUAGCAUAGAUCUCAUAUCAUUAAAUAGUUUGUCACUGUUAUUAUUUCUGUAUUUUCAUUACGUUAUUAUGUGUUACGAUAAUAAUGAACGGUGCAUUUCUAGCACGAUGAUUUUAUCUAAAUUUU